GAACAGAUUGUUUCGACCUAAAUUGGUUAAUUUCUUUUGUAAAAUCUUUAAUUCUUCUUCUAUUUAAAGGAUCAUUGGUAUAAUCUUCUCUCCACUCUCAUGAAAUAGGGCUACAAUUGAGAGAGUGUUCCCAUCAAGAAGCUGAAUUACUCCAAGCAAGCUCAAGAAAUGGCCCUUCAAGUGACAGGGGAAAGGGAAGUUCCAAUUAUGAUAAGCGAAACCUUAUUUAGAGAGAAGGAACUGAAUGACAUUGAUGGUUUCAAGAGAGGACAUGAUUAUGUUGAAGUUAAAUGUGGAUGUACAAGCAAGAAGUAUGGUGAUGCCAUCGGACUCCUCAGAGUUUUUGCGAGUGGCCAAUUUCAGAUAACCUGUGAUUGUUCUCCUGUCUGCAAAAGGGGAAAGAGAUUCACACCAUAUGAAUUUGAGAAGCAUACAGGGAAGGGAGGGAGAAACAGAUGGAAAAGCCAUAUAUGGGUAGUAAUGAAAGAUAAAAAGGUGCCAUUGUGGAAAACUCCAUUGCUGAAAUAUUACAAACAUAUUGCUAAUGGGGCAAGUGGAUUUAUGAAACGAGUCUUUCAUCGCGACGAGUUCAUCAAGUGCUAUAAAUGCAAGAAAGAACGCAGGUUUCGUCUUAGGACUAAGGAACAGUGUAGGAUUUAUCAUGAUGCUUCGCUCAAUGAAAGAUGGAAGUGUGCUGAUAGCUUGCAUUCCAAAAUAACCUGCAAGGAUGACGAAGAGCGGGUCAGUCGCAAGAACUGCAGAGGCUGUCCUGACUGGCCGUCAUGCAGUGGCUGCACUUCCUGUGUCUGCUUUGGGUGCCUCAAGUGCAGGUUUCUCGACUGCAACUGCCGCACCUGUGUUGAUUUCAUGCAAAACGCCGCACCUUAAUUUUCAGGCAGGCUUUUUUUUUUUUAUUAAAAAAAA